AUGCUUAAACCUGAGUCUGGCAUCACCCAGACUCUCCCUGAGCUGGAGGUGAACUUGGACCUCAGCCAGCUUCGGGAACUGAAUAUGACAGCUGCCAAGGAAAUAGAAGUUGAUGGCAGUUGGAAAGCUAUUAUAUUUUUUCCUGUUCCAAAUUGAAAUAUUUCCAGAAAAAUCCAAGUCUGGCUACUACGAGAAUUGGAGAAAAAGUUCAGUGGGAAGCAGGUCUUUAUUGCACAGAGGAGAAUUCUGUCUAAGCCAACUCCAAAAAGCCUUACAAAAUAUAAGAUAAAAUGUCACCGGAGCUGCACUCUGAUAGCUGUGCGCAACACCAUCCUACAGGAGUUGGUUUUCCAAAGUGAAAUCGUGGGCAAGAGAAUCCGCGUGAAAUUGGAUGGCAGCUGUCUCGUAAAGGUUCAUAUAUAUAAAGCACAGGAGAACAACGUGGAACACAAAGUUAAAACUCUUUCUGGUGUGUAUAAGAAGCUCACGGGCAAGUGCAGGACCAGGGUUCUGCUCAAGCAGGAAAAGAGAAAGCAAAAGGAAUAUUUUGAAAAGAAAAGAUUCAAGUCAAAAAUGAAAUUACUGGGAGUUUUAUCACCUGUCAAAAAUUCCACUGUCAGUUUAGACCUCCUUAACCUAUAUGUGGUCAAUCAGAUCUCUUGCCAGAAGAAAACACCUGAAACUAUGAGGAAACCAAUCCAUGUGAAUAUGAAUAGAGACAUAAAAAUGCCCCUAAAAAAGCAUGAUUUAGAACUUCCGAUGUCACCUCCCUGUGUACCAUCUAAACUCUGCAUUGAUGAUCUAGAAAGCAGUAUGCACCAUCAAAGACUGGGAAGCAAGGAAGAACUGGGCCCAGUUCAGUUGUCACAAGGCAUGGACUCAUAUAGAAUUUUUGAACCUCAGUUCAACAGAGUAGAAAACUGCAGUUUCACACCAUCAUCUUUUUCUGCAGAACUAUCUUCUAACAGAAAUGUUACAGAACAAAAUUUCAUCCCCAGAAUAGCACCUAGUCCUCAGAAAGUUGCAUGUGAAAAAAAACAGAAUGAGCAGCUCAGUAAUGUCAAUUAUUCUAAUUACUUGUUUUCCAAAUUAAAUGAACGUGAAGAUGCUCUUAGUCCAUCAUAUAAAACAGCACAAAUUGGAACAUUAUUUGAAAGAUUAAGCAGUCCAGGAAAUAGGAAUUUCCUUCCUGGAAGCCCUGCUAUAGUGAUGGGUGAAGAUUGUGGAAGCAUGGAUGAGAGAAGACACUCAGAUUUCAAACAAUCAGUACAACAUAUUUGGGGAGAAAAUAAAGAAGAGGUGUCAAAUUUCCUUGAGGAUGUGAACCAGCCAACCCCCAGUCUUCUACCAGAGAAUUUUGACUCUUUUAUUAACGAAAAUGCGAUCAAUUUAUUAAGCAUAGAUCAACAGAGGAUAACAAAACCAUUUGAAAAUUGUGGUUAUGACAGUAUGGGUGUCACCAAUUCUGAUAAAAAUCAUUCCUCUGAUAGAUGCAUUUUUAGAAAUCCAGGGUUGAAUUUUAGUAGUUCUAACUUUAAUAAAACAAGUUAUUCAGAAAAGUGUCAGCCGAAGAACUAUCAGAAAGAAUACAAUAAUGAAGGAAAUAAUCCUAGUACAUCUUUUGAGAAGAAUUGUUAUCCAGCCAGCGCUAAAAAGAAAGGAAAAUUUGAAAAGGACUACCAAAAGAAGAAACCACAGAUAGAAAUCCAGAAGUAUCCAGUGAACAAUAUGAGUAUUCCUUUGGGGGAAUUGAAUUCUAAGAAAUCAUGGGACUUUGGACUUAGUGAGAAUCUGAUUGAAGAAGGAAGAACAUGUUCUAUAAAAGGUGCACCAAAAUCUACAAAGAAAAUCUUUAACAAUAAUGAUUCUUCACAGAGUAGUCUGUCUUCCAGUUACUCUCCAAGGGCAACCGAUAGUUGUUUCAGUUCUAGUUCAGAGAUGCCAUCUGAUGAUGAAGAUCAAACAUUGCAGAAAAUUGAAGAUUCAAGUAGGAGAUCCAUCAAAACUGAAGAAACAACUAAUAAUUUUUAUUUAGAAAGGAUGGCAGAAUUUCCACGUGAUAGGAUUGUUAAAAACAAUGAGAAAAUUCAUAAACAAACUGAAAGUUUUCACCAGGUCUCAGUGAAAAAUAACACAGAUCAGUCUGCACAGUCUCAGCAUAACUCAACACAAGUAUUACAAAACCAAACCAGUAAUAACUGCACUGUACAGUUUGUGAGAUGUGAUGCCUGGGUACAAACAGAGAGUGAACCUGUAAUGAAAGAAAGAUUAGAUGCUGCCAUACAGUGUGAUAUAAUUUCACAGUGUAAGUGUAGAAGUAAUGAGUCUUCUCUUUGUAAUGUUGAAAGGUGCAGUGAAAAUAUUAAGGCAGAUACCACUGGAGGGCAGGAAAUCCUUAAGAACAACUAA